GAGGAUAAGGACAUCCUGUUGGAAAAAUCAAAACAUGCGCGCGGAUAAACAAUCGAUCAAUGGAAAAUUAUACAACACAAUGACACAAACCAUCAAUCUAACUGUGGAGAUGAGCGACCGGGAAACCGCCAUGGAGUUGCCGCCCCACAUUCUCAUUUUUCCUGUUCCACUACAAGGCCACGUCAACUCCAUGCUCAACCUGGCGGAGCUCCUCUGCCUCUCCGGCCUCCACGUCACCAUUCUCCUCUCCGACUACACCCACAACCGCCUCCUCCGCCACGCCACCCUCCGGUCCCGGUUCUCCCGCCACAGCGGAUUCCGGGUGGCCACCAUCUCCGACGGCCUCCCUCCCGAUCACCCCCGAGUGGGAGAGCGAAUCGUGGAUAUGGCGUUGAGCCUCAAACAAAUUGGUGGGUCACAGUUCCGCCGCCUGAUGGAGUCGACUGAUGGGCUGAGUGAGGGCGGCGCUAUGAGGCGCGUGAGCUGCUUAAUCAUGGACGGGGUGUUGAGCUUUGCUAUUUCGGUGGUUGAAGAAAUGGGGAUUCCUUACAUCUACUUCAGAACGAUCAGCGCGUGUGCCUUCUGGCCGUAUUUCUGUAUUCAAGAGAUUAUGGACGCCGGCGAGGUCCCUUUGAGAGGGAAGAAUGAAGACAAAUUGACAUACUGGAAAAAGAAAGAAAUGGACAUGAUGGUAACAAGCGUGCCGGGAAUGGAGAGGUUUCUCCGGCGACGCGACAUUCCAAGAUUUUUCGGAGUAGCAAAUGCUGAUGAUCCUACAUUCAAGACCAUGAAAACAGAUACUAAAAAAACUGUUGAGGCCUGUGGACUCAUACUCAAUACAUUUGAAGAUCUGGAAGGGCCAAUUCUUGAUGAAAUCCGUAAACACAUUCCCAACCUGUAUUCCAUUGGCCCCCUCCAUGCGCUUCUUAAAGCCCAGCUGGAGUCGAAAGGAAUGGAAUCAUCGCACAAUCAUUCAAGCAGUUUUUGGGAGGAAGACCGUAGCUGCAUUGCCUGGUUGGACUCUCAACCAACCUGCUCUGUGAUAUAUGUGAGCUUCGGAAGUAUUACAAUAUUAACGAGGGAUGAAUUGUUAGAGUUCUGGUAUGGGCUGGUGAAUAGUGGGCACAGAUUCUUGUGGGUGAUAAGGCCUGAUUCUAUCGUCGGAAACAACAGCGAGAACUGGAAUGAGAUUCCAGUGGAGCUAGAGGAAGGUACCAAGUCAAGAGGGUGCAUGGUGGGAUGGGUACCGCAACAAGAAGUUUUAGCCCAUCCAGCAAUCGGUGCAUUUUUCACUCACAGUGGAUGGAAUUCGACCCUAGAAAGUAUAGCAAUAGGCCUGCCAAUGAUUUGUUGGGCUUAUUUUGCUGAUCAGACAACGAACAGUAGGUUUGUGAGUAAGGUGUGGAAAAUUGGAUUGGACAUGAAAGAUACUUGUGAUAGGAUCAUAGUCGAGAAGAUGGUGAAGGAUGUGAUGGAUGUUAGGAGGGAUGAAUUCUUGGAGAGGGCUCAUAGUAUGGCAGUGUUGUCGGGGAAGGCGAUCUCUGAAGGGGGAUCUUCUUACUUGAAUUUGAAUCGAUUGGUUGAGUUUUUGAAGUCGACGGUGUCAUGAGCUUGCUCUCGUCAUUUGCUCGAUGUGGCCAAUGUACUUCAAAUGACAACUUGGGCUAACUCAGGUGAUUAGAAUAUGUACUUUUUAUGAUCUUAGUUCUUGUAGAUAGUAUUCCUUGUAGAGAUAUAAACUGUGCCUAAAAGAUUUAACGAGUGGUUGCAGCAUCUUAGAAUGGUUUGGAAUAUCAACCUCUACUCAAAACUUGUGCUUCAAGAAGCUAAAAUCACCCAAUA